UUAGUCAGUAACAGAGCGCGAUGCUUUUGAUUACAUUGACAAUACAAGAAGUCAAUAAUAUAAUAAGUGAACAUUUUAUUAAAAUAUUCGGUAAUGUGAUCGAACAUUAUCCAGCUGCCGCUAUAGGAAUUCUCAAAUAUCGGCCUUUUCGAAACGCUUCAGAUAUUUCAGCAGCAGUCAACUUCUUUUUGGAUCAGCUUACCUUAAAAGAAAAACAAAAUAUUUUGCRUCUGUAUCCCGACCUAGUUGCAAAAUUGUCAGAUUUGAGCAAAUUUAUGCUUUAUUUCGAUCAGUGUCAGCAAAUUUCUGGAGCAGAUCAAUUAACUAUUGUCGAUAAACAAAAACUAGGACAGUUAAACGCACGUUACAGAAAGAAAUUUGGGUUUCCGUUUAUUACGUAUGGCAAAAAUGUGUUUACGAUUUUCUCCGAAAUUGAAACCAGGAUUGAAAACAGUGUAGAAGCAGAAACCGAAAUUGCACUCAGCGAAGUCAAGAAAAUUGGAAAAUUGAGAAUCUGUGAAAUUUUACAAACAUAGCGGAUUUUCGAAUAAUGUAUACAAUAAAUAAUAAUUUAAUAAAUUUGUUUGUAAUUAAAUUAUUGAAAAUA